CAUAAAAAAAAUCUUGAUUUUUUUUAUCGCAAUCGUUUUCAUCGGGGAAGUAGUCGACAUGCACCCCGAUACAGAUCGUCCUGAUGUUCGCGUUAACGAAUCAUCUGAAACCCUAUCCCGUCUGGAGCUGGCCAACCCUGAUUACACCAACUUUAGCAUGUUGAGUGUGCUGUUACGGACAAGACAUGACUCGCUGCAAACAUCUCCGCCGGUCGAAACUACCACCUCAGAGACCGAGUCCAUUUCUAGCCAGCAUGCAGGCUGGAGAAAACAAGGACAAGUUAAAAUGAGAAGUGAAGAUGGUGGAUUCAAUUCAGUUGUGCCAAAUACCAGUGACGUGAACUCUACCAUGUCAAAAACCACCGGGGUAAACAGAAUUCGACGCUUGGCAUCAGAUGCAAAAAUGUCAUCGGAUAAGAAUACUACAGAGUUAGCAGACCCGACGCAAACUAAUAAUGAGCCUAAAAUGAGUGCUCUUAAAUGCUUAGUGUCUCUUGCGUACCCAGUAUCCCUUCCACUGCAAUGUACACGAUUUUAUUUUGGUUUAUUUAAUUAA